UCUUCUGCAGAUUCCAGUUUUCGCUGCGAGGAGAACACGAAGAAACCCCUUCUCUUCGGAUUUCAGUGAAAAAUGGUUGAAUUGCGUUUACUAGUUGCUCUGAUCCUCCUAGGGUUUCUGUUCUCCGCAUCGGAAGCGCUCCGGUUCGAGCUCCAAUCGGGUCACACCAAAUGCAUCGUCGAAGACAUGAAGGCCAAUGCCAUGACCGUCGGGAAAUACUCCGUCAUCAACCCCGACGAGGCCCAGCCUAUGCCGCCGUCGCACAAGCUCACCGUCCGGGUGACAUCGAGCCAUGGGAAUAACCAUCACUACUCGGAGCUCGUUGAAUCGGGUCACUUUGCUUUUCACGCGGUGGAGGCCGGGGACUAUAUGGCGUGUUUUUGGGCGCCGGAUCACAAGCCACAGACGACGUUGACGGUCGAGUUUGACUGGAAGACCGGCGUGGCGGCCAAGGACUGGGGUAAUGUGGCUAAGAAGGGCUCCGUCGAUGUCAUGGAGUUAGAGCUCAAAAAAUUGUUCGACACUGUCACUUCCAUCCAUGAGGAGAUGAUGUAUCUCCGUGAACGGGAAUCUGAAAUGCAGGAUCUGAAUAUAGAAACCAACUCCAAAAUGGCCUGGUUGAGCCUUCUUUCACUAGUCCUCUGCUUGUCGGUAGCAGGUCUGCAAUGGUGGCACUUGAAGACAUUUUUCCAGAAAAAGAAGCUAAUUUGAUUUUGUGCCAGAGAAUUUCAAUUUUAUCUUUGUAACAUAUUUCAAAGAAUAUUUGUACGUCAUCACAUUUUUAGUUGAGGAAGGACAAUUUAAUGUUCCCUAUAC